UCGGUUUUGCCAACUAAACGUGCUUCUCAUUGCUCGCACCCGUGCUGAGUGCUAUCCAUUUUUAUUUUCCUAUUGCAUAUUCCUGAUGAAGUGUCGGCGCUCGUCAAUUACAAUAGCUUAGGCACAAUUUAUAGCCUUUGCCCGCUGAAAGCUGAAAUCUGAAAGCUGCAUGUUGCGCUACAAUUUCUGCAACGGAAUUGAAAAAUUACACAAGUGCUUUCCCAGUCACACUAGUGGAAACAAUUGGAGGAGAUUGGCGCGCGUCGCACUCAAACUACGGGAAAAACGCUAACCAUCAGAUACUUUGUGUUUCGGUUUGCAUUCAAUUAUUCAGAAGCAACAAAUGACGUGACAUUGAGAACCUUGCGCCAGACCCCCGUUCACACAUAGACCGUAACGCACGGCCAUUCAAAAAUCUCUCUGUAACGCUAUCGAUUUUCCGUUACAUCGUUAUACACACACACUGACCGAGUUACACACUUCACGCCCGCCAGCACACCCCCUGCCCAACAGGGUGCGUGCGUGUGAAUGUGUGUGUGUGUGUGUGGUCACACAUAGUGAAAGUGAACCAAAAUAAUUUUGAGCUUUUUCAACGCAACUCGGAAGGCGCAAACCGAACACUUUCUGCUUUCGACCACUCACAACGUUAAAUUAAAGGAGCACUCGUAUCUUUCUUGAACACAUUUCGCUAAUUACCGGCAAUAAAGGGCAAUUGAAGCAUGAUUUAUUUGGCACUGAUCAAAUACGGACGGACCCAAAUAUUAGGGACACAAUUGUAAAUAGCAUCAACAGUAAGCAGUAACAGCAGCAGCGGCAGCGCCAGCGACUGGCUGGAGAUUGACGUAGGAGAGGGAGAGCGCGUAGUCCGUUUAUAAACGACCACUUGUCCAGCCUGGUUCGGCUUGUGCGAUUGUGUGGUUGACGUGUGUGUGCUUAGAAACGUGAGCGAUCUCGAUCCUCAUCCCCCACCGUAGCUGAACCAUUUGUGAGCCUUCGAUAUGGCAGGGCAAUGGCUACUGGACCACAGGGCGCUGUGCGGCACGAUCUGGUGCCUACUGCUGGCUCAAAUACUCGCCCAGAGCACGCCUCAGCAGCAGGUUUGUCCCGAGCAAGGCGACAUCUCGCCCUGCAUAUGCACGGUUAAGAAGAACGGCCUCGAUAUUCUGUGUGAGACAACUGAUCUGGCGCAUAUUACCAAAUCGAUGGGCACGCUUAAGGGCAAGAGUCCCAUAAUAUUCUACCUGAAGCUACGCCACAACAAUCUGCCCAAGCUGCAGGGCUUCGUGUUCCUUGCUCUGGACAUACGUCACUUGACCAUCCACAAUAGCAGUCUGGCAGCCAUCGAGGAGAACGCACUUAGCUCGUUGGGCAAGGGCCUCACACAACUGGAUGUUUCACUGAACCAGAUGAAAACUGUGCCGUCGCAGGCGCUGCAGCAUUUGUAUCAUUUGCUAAUUUUAAAUUUGAAUCACAACAAGAUCACUGUCAUACACAACAAUGCUUUCGAGGGACUGGACACCUUGGAGAUACUCACACUUUACGAAAACAAAAUAACUCAAAUUGACCCCGAAGCUUUUCGCGGAUUGGAAAAAAAACUUAAACGCCUGAACCUCGGUGGAAAUGACCUGACUAGUGUACCCCAAAAAGCGCUGUCCAUAUUGGACACACUGAAGAAGCUUGAGAUACAAGAGAACAAGAUUCGCACAAUUAAGGAGGGUGAUUUUGCCGGUCUGGAAAACUUGGACUCUUUAAUAUUAGCGCAUAAUAUGAUCACAACCGUGCCUGCAAAUGUGUUUUCCCAUCUAACCCUGCUGAACUCCUUGGAACUGGAGGGCAACAAGAUCAGCAUUAUUGAUAAGGAUGCGUUCAAGGGCCUUGAAGAGAAUCUGCAAUACUUGCGUUUGGGCGACAAUAACAUAAAUGCCAUACCCAGUGAGGCGCUGCGACCACUGCAUCGUUUAAGGCAUCUGGAUCUGCGGAACAACAACAUAAAUGUACUGGCCGAUGACGCCUUCACGGGCUACGGGGACUCGCUGACUUUCUUGAAUCUGCAGAAGAAUGACAUUAAGGUCUUGCCCAGCAUGCUCUUCGAGAAUUUGAACUCGUUGGAAACAUUGAACAUCCAGAACAAUAAGCUGCAACGCAUUCCACAGGAUCUAAUGGAGCCUGUGAUCGAUACGCUGCGCAUUAUCGAUAUAACUGACAACCCACUGAACUGUUCAUGCGAGUUGACCUGGUUCCCCAAGCUGCUGGAGGAUCUGAAGAACAAGGAUGAUGAAAUGUCACAGAAAAAGAAGCCACUGUGCCACAUGUCGCUGGACAAUCGCGAAUACUUUGUGCAAGCGAUGCCCAUCGAGAAGAUGCACUGCGCCGGCCUCAAUGUGAGUCCCUCACCCACGAGCGGAGGUCUCAUGCGGAUUCUGCAAGUGAACAUUUUGGCCCAAGUAGCCAUGUGUAGCAUGGCGUUUCUGAGUAGCGUUUAACAAGCCCCUGAAGCAUCCGCUUUUCCACUCACAUCCGUAUUCGUGUUCGAAAUUCAAAUCCGCAGCGGGCACUAGAGAAUAGUUAGAAACGCAUUUCGGAAGCGCCGCCUUUCUCGAGGCGAUUAGUUCCCUGUGAGCUACACAUAUUGUUAGACAUAGUGAUAGUUAGUCGGAACGGCUGUGCUGUUCCAACACAAACCAAAGAUCCCGAACAUCCCCAAACCAAAAAACAAAAACCAAAGAUCUUUUGUACGCCUACAAAAUUUGUUUUCUGUGUUGUUGUAUUGUGUUUUUUUAUAGAUUAUAGAGAAUCCGUGAAUUAUGCAACUCUGCCAAUUGUUAGACUCAAAAUGCACGCUUUAGGAAUGUACAACCAGCGACCUACAACAACAUCAACCACAACAACAAUGUCUAAACGAACAGCAAUUAAAGCAACAACAAUAUCACCCGCAAGUGCCCAGUUGAAACCCCCAAGCAAAUGAAUUACACCCACCUUGUUGAACUUGAUGCCACACGCACAUCAACAAUACCAACAACAACAACAACUACAACAAAAAACUACAGAAACAACAACAAGAACAACAAGAACCACAACAGCAAUACACACGUUAAAUGCAUAGUAGCCCGGCGCACUGCAUUUGCUAAACGCAUCUAGAACAGUCUAAUAGCCGUUAAUCGUUAAUGUUACCUCUAUUCUAUACGAGUGUCACACAAAAACACAAAAACAAGGAUGGGGCAUAUCGCAAGCCCUCACCUAGGCAUAAGUAACUGAAAUCCCAAUUGAAAUUGUUAGCAAAGGGGUUAGAGAGAGUCCAAACAACAGAGAACAAACAAAGAACCUCACUGAGAAGUGAAAAACAAAAACACUAACCGAAACGUAAACAUAUCUACUUGUAGAGAAGCGAAUUGUUAUUAAUAUUAAGGAAUAAGGAAAUUGAAAUUGUAGAGUGUAUAGUUUGUAUGCGAUCGUAUUCAUCGAUGCGAAUAGUAUAUACAAUAUUUUUAGCUCUACCACCAUAUCUGGGUGUAUGUCGUUGUCGAUGUUGUGAGAUACAAUCAUUAUCAAUUUUAUUUGUUUUCCAUUUGUUCAAGUUUUUUAAAAGCUUAUGUGCGUACCUAUUAAAUAAUUUUUAAAUAAUCCUAAUAUUAUUGGCAAGCCGAUACACAAUUGUAUUUACAUACAUACUAUAUGUUGAUCCCAAUGUGGGAUAUCCUUGAAAUGUGUACGCGUUCAAACGAGACGAACAUUUGCAUCAAUCACCAAGAACUGAUUAUCGAAUAAGUAGUUUGUACUCUUUAUUUGCACUAUAUACCUGAGCAAAAAGGGACCCACCAAAGUCCCCUCAAAAAAUGACAUGCAUAUAUACACACACACACAUACACACACAAACAUACCCAUAACUAUGCCUAAUCAAGCAAACAUAUCAAUUAACUAACUAUCGCAACAUAUCAAGAGCGCCAAAAGUUGGACUCGCAAAUAUUUUAUAGAUUUAAAUUUACUUACUUGUACAUCUUGAAGCAUGUGAAUAUUUUGUGGUAAUAGCAAAAGCAAAACCCAAUGUUUGAUAUUUACUCAACUAAAGUACCAUUUUUGAAGUUCUUUUUUGUAUCGAAUCGUAUUGUAAUUGUAUUAAAUUUGUAUUUGUAUUUGUAUCAACUAAGUUAUAAAGCUCUCGCAUUAGGUACGAGUAGUGUAAGUAUACUAUUUAGUCGAGCCCCAUUCACUGCACGCCAGUAGGUUCGGUCAGUUAGCCACUGGUGGGCACUGAAGAAGGCGUCCCCACCAAACCAAACCAAACCAUUUGUGAAACUAAGUACGCGUAUAUUUACGAGUAUCUGUACAAUAUUAAAGACAGGAGACACACACACUGCAGCUAAUAUUUUCAAAAGAAUGUGCUAAAUUCAAAUUCGGGUCAGUUUUGGCAACAGCUGUUCUUUUCAAAAUAUUGCAACAACACAAGCGAGCAAUAGAUAAAUGCUUCGAUGGCGGAGCGUGUAGAAAACCAGGUACAUCAGUGAUCGGUGGAUGGCGAAGCUUGGGCCUAGCCGAGGGCCGAGCACUGAGAUACACUCCCGUACCCGUACGUAUACAAUAAAACAACUAUGUUUUUCAGCCGAACAACUCUCGAAAUAAUAAAAAAUCAUAUUGGUUACUAAA